GUACAAUUCCACAUUUUUGGUAACUUUGUUYGUAAACCUGUAUAGUUUGUCCAUAACGAUGUCGAAAACUAAGCCCGAUGAUCGACCAUUGUUCACGUAUACAAUCGGUGGGGUCAAAAUUGAAAUGCCCGUCAGACCAUAUCCUUCUCAGGUUUCCAUGAUGGAUAAGGUUAUUCGUGGCUGUCAAAAGCAGCAAAAUUGUCUUUUGGAAAGUCCUACAGGGUCUGGAAAAACAUUGGCUUUAUUGUGUUCGGCUUUAGCAUGGCAGAGAGCGGAAAAAGGUUUGUCACUAUUAAUUUUGAAAUAUUCAUAAAUCAUGAUGUGAUAACAAACACUAGUUCUUUCAAAUUUGCAUAUAACAACACUGUUGUAUAGUGAUGAUUCAUAAGUGUGUGUGUAGAUGUUGUCGAUAAGUAGUCAUAGAUGAUAAUAUUAUAAUUAUUAGGUAUUCGGGUUUAAACUCAUAACCUUGAUUAAACAAUUAUUUAGAAAAAGCCACGGGGAUAACAUUUUUUUAACCAAUAAUAMCAU